ACCCGGCUUGGUCAAGUGCCUCUUACACUCACACAUUGUUCUGUGUCCAGCUGUGUCUUGUUCUUCUGUGGGCUGAGAUGAUGACAGAAACAAGUGAGGGGGUGGAGAGCGAGCGAGGCAGCGAGGGGGACUGAUUUGUAGCAGUUUGCUCAUUCUGUGUUUGCAUCUCACUGUGAGUGCAUGAAGCCUCAGGUAUUGUGUCCCGCCUGAACAGAAGGUUCAUAUCCCAAGAUGCAGUUGUGCAAGUGGGCUGGCAGUUGGAGGUCACACCUACCUAGACAGUCUACGCUUCCAGAGAUAGAAGACACUUUUGACUUCCUCUUUAAAAUCAUCCUGGUUGGGGACUCCGAUGUGGGGAAGACCUGCGUCGUCCAGAGCUUCAAGUCUGGAAUAUUCAUCGAGAAGCAGCAAAACACCAUUGGGGUCGACUUCACUGUUCGUACUCUGAACAUUGAUGGGAAGAAAGUGAAGAUGCAGGUGUGGGACACGGCCGGACAGGAGCGUUUCCGCACCAUAACUCAGAGCUACUACCGCAGCGCCCACGGUGCCAUGGUGGCCUAUGACAUCACGCGGCGCUCCACUUUUGAAUCUGUUCCCCACUGGAUCAGGGAGGUGGAGCAAUACGGAGCUGCCAGCGUGGUGGUGAUUCUCAUUGGUAAUAAGUCAGACCUCCAGACUCAGAGACAGGUGUUGUUUGAGGACGCAUGCACUCUGGCAGAGAACAACAGUGUGCUGGCUGCUUUAGAAACGUCCGCCAAGGAGGCUCAGAAUGUAGAGACUGCCUUUAUCCUCAUGGCCCGGGAGCUGCUGGCACGCAACGGCUUGACCAUGACAGACGAGAUCUCACAUGAAUCGCCUCAUUUCAUGCUGAGCAACAACUCCCAUCCCAUCGAUAGUUUGUCUUCGGAUAAAAAGUGUGGCUGCUGAGUGAGCUGAAGAAGGGAUGCAUU